AUAUUGGUUAUAGUAACCCCUAGUUCUAUCCAUCUUUAUCCAUCUCUCUCUCACUAUCUCACUCUCAAUAUUUUAAUUUAUGGCUUCUGACAUUAUUUUCCUCAAUGAUGCGAAGCUCCGAACACUUGCCGAUAUGAUACACGGCAUUGAACGUAAAAACUUAGGGGACCUAAACUUCGCGUCAACAACUGAGGAAGUGGUUUACCUUAGAAUCUGCAACAACAACCUUCAGUCCGUCGGGAACCUUCUGGAUCAGAGUGGUGAAACGGUGAGGAAGUAUAAGAGCGACGACGUUCGCGGUCCGAUAGCUGUUCUCAUCCAUUCUUAUACAGAGACAUGCCUCAACAAUGCAUUGCAGAUCUUCAACAACUACACUCUCCGGAGGGACUACCUUGACAAACUCACCUCCCAUCUCCAAAACCUUAUCAAGGAAUUGGAUGAUUUGGACACUUCCAAUCAUGCCGAUGUUGCUGCUCUCAACGACCAAAUUAAGCAUUACAACGAGGCUGUUAUCAACUACACCAAGAUGACCCAAAACACUCGUGCUUCUGAAGACUUCUCUAGACGUCUCAGGAGCAGCGGCAUCGACUUCCCCACCUUUGUCAAAAAGUAUCAGACAAUUCUUGGAUUUUCUGGACCAUUUGACAAGCUGACAGAUGAACAAAAGCUACUGGUGUAUGAUGCAAUAAUAGAGGCUUCAGGUCGGGGAAAAGUACUGAGUCAUAAAGUACUAAAGGCUAUUGCAUUGCCAGGUAGUUUUAGCAGCAAUGAAGUGAAACAUAUAUCUAUUAAGGAUGUUUUUGGCAAAGCAAUGCUUCUAAAAAAUGCAGCGUCCAUAACAUGGGAUGUGUACACAUCUGACCACCCGAUCAGAACCGCGACACGUGAUGCAAUCGUGGAAAUAGCUAAAAAAGGAGGGGCAUUGUUGGAAGACAUUGUCACAGCUGCUAUAGUAACAUUAGAAAUUGCAGAGGCAACAAGCCUGUUCGUUACUGGGGUAGGAUUUGUGGCUGGCUUUGUGGGAGGUUACAUUGUUGGGGAAAUUGCUGGCGCUGUUUUUGAUGCAAUUUUCGGCUCAGCAGGCAAUAAUCCUCUGCCUAAUAAAGACCAUAUCUUCUAUGUAGCUACUAUGCCUGAUGGGAAAGAGUUGGCCAGAAUAAUUGCCUAAAUUUCUGUAUCAAACAAAUAAUAUGUGCCCCUCUGAGUCCCUAGUGGACCACUAUCCUUUAUAACAUAAAUAAUAUAUAAUUGGCACUUCUUUUUACAGUCUUUCUGUGUGGAAAAAUUAUUGUACCAAGCUUAUUUGUUACUUUGACUAUCAAAUAUAAAAAAGAGUAUGUUUUA